GGAAAAACAAAACCCCCCAAAAUUAAAAUACUUAUAAAAAGAAAGAAAAAGGAAAAAGAAAUCUUCUCAGUUCCUUUCUUUCUUUCUUUUCAAAUGAUUUCUUGGAAGAAAAAAGUGGAUUAUUGAAGAAAUUAGUUUGAGGGUUUCUAAAAAAAAAAAUCAAAUUAUUUUCAAUCGAUUAUAGAAUGGAAGCUUCGAAUUCGCGAAUGCAGACUUUUGGUCAGACGGAGAUUAAUUGGGACAAACUCGACAAAACUAAAUUUUACGUUGUUGGAGCUGGAAUCUUUACUGGAGUUACAGUAGCAUUAUACCCAGUCUCUGUUGUAAAAACUAGGCUUCAGGUUGCUUCGAAGGACACUGCAGAGAGAAGUGCUUUUUCUGUUAUUAGAGGCAUACUGAAAACAGAUGGAAUCCCUGGUCUCUAUCGAGGGUUUGGAACAGUCAUCACUGGUGCGAUUCCUGCCAGGGUGAUAUUUCUCACUGCUCUGGAAACUACAAAAGUGGCUGCUUUCAGCAUGGUUGAACCAUUUAAAUUCUCUGAACCUACGCAAGCUGCUAUAGCAAAUGGAAUUGCUGGAAUGACUGCAUCUCUGUUUGCUCAAGCUGUUUUUGUUCCAAUUGAUGUGAUUAGUCAAAAGUUGAUGGUCCAAGGAUACUCAGGCCAUGCAAAGUACAACGGAGGUCUAGAUGUUGCUCGUAAGGUUUUAAAGUCUUAUGGAAUCCGAGGAUUAUACAGAGGAUUUGGUUUGUCAGUCAUGACUUACUCUCCAUCCAGUGCUGUAUGGUGGGCUAGUUAUGGUUCUAGCCAACGUGUUAUCUGGAGGUUCUUGGGCCAGGGCACAGACCUAAAGGAAGUAGCUCCUAGUCUAUCGACAAUUGUGGCAGUGCAAGCUGCUGGAGGAAUCAUCGCAGGUGCUACAGCUUCCUGCAUCACAACUCCAUUGGAUACCAUUAAGACUCGCUUACAGGUGAUGGGGCAUGAGAAGCGACCUUCUACAAGGCAAGUCAUAAAAAACUUAAUUGCAGAUGAUGGUUGUAAAGGUUUCUACAGAGGGUUGGGUCCAAGAUUUUUCAGUAUGUCAGCAUGGGGAACCUCAAUGAUAUUAGCUUAUGAAUACUUGAAGCGGUUAUGCGUGAAAGAUGACUAAAUGUGACCGAUAAAGUCAAACAAUUUUGGUUCUUGUCACAUGAAGAGCAGAGGAUAUAGGACCUUGAGCUGACUGAGAGUCAUUAUAUUUCAGAAGGCAGCUGUUGUCAGAUUAUUAUUUUCUUGCAUUCUCCCAAGUAGCCUGCGAUUGUGCAGCAAAUUUGGUUACCUAUCUUCUUACAAAACACCAAUUUAACUACUUCAUUAAACAGAUUAGCUGCUGAUUUUAAGAGACGCAUUGUAUCUGUGGCUAAGAUUCUUUGAUGCUUUUGAAUAUUUUUUGUUUACAUGCGAAAAGAACUGAAAAUAGCCAUUUGUAUGUCUCACAAAAGGCAAUAAAAUCUUGUAUACAACAAAUUUUCAUUUAGGCACA